AUGCAGACACCAGAAGACGAAAAGCUCAUCUCGUGGGUUAACGAAACGCUCGGGGAAGCGUACACCGAUUCGCGGCAGCUCCACGAUGGCGUGGCUUAUGCGCUGCUGGUCGACGGCCUGCUCCCCGGAGCGUUUCCGCUCCAUCGCCUGCGGCUGAACUGCGCGAGCGCCGCCGGGAAGCGAGAGAAUUUCUCGCUGCUUCUCGAGGUGCUCGCGGAGAAGCUCAGUCUCCGCGUAGACGUCGACGUUGCUUCUCUAGUGGCGGACAACGGCGCGCACGCCGCCGCGGACGCGCUCGCGCUGCGAGAGAGACGCGCCGCGCAUCGGCUGCUGCUGCAGGCGCUGUAUGAUGAAGCUCGCCGCCGCGGGGCGUCCGACGCAGGACGGUUAGAGGGAGGCUCCUCCAGAACGAGGGCGCGUGGAGGGACGGCAAGCCGCGAGAGACAAGACUCGAGAGCAACGGACGCCGAGCGAGCGACGAGUGAAAGAUGGGGAAGGCCUCCACGCGACACAGACUGCGACCGGAACGAUGAAAGGACGCCAAAGUGCCGCGGAGACCAACGGCUUUUCGAGGAAGAAAAACAGCGAACGGGGGGAGUCGCGUGCGGAGAGCGUGGCGACGGAAAGCCAGAGCCAAGGAGAGGCGAAGGCGACGCAUGCACAAGAGGCGACGACGGUGGAAGACUGCCGGUGCGCGCAAAACAAGAAAGUGACGCCCCUGAGGAGACGGUGAGGGCGAGAUGCGCAGAAGACGAGAGGGCGACGGGAGCGCCGCCACUGGCGUUCGCUCGCGAGCAAACGUAUCAGGCAGUGCGUGUGCCGCGCGGAGACCAAGCGGAGCGCCGCGGGGCGUCCAGCUGGCAGACCGGCGAGAGAAGAAACGUUUUACAGCGAGCGACGUUCUUCGAAGAGCCUGACGAUGGAAGCGACUGGCAGCACGGCGCGACGCCGUACUUUCCUGGCGCCUCUGAAGAAGGCCGCGGGUUCUCGACGCUCUCGCUGGCUGCCGACACGCCUCACUUUCCGCUCCAGCCGCCCCUAUGUGAUCACGCGGGGGACGGCAGAAUGUUCCCACGCCGGAGCGGGUCGCCGUCUUUUCCGCAUUCGUCGCGCACUCCGACGUCUGUGGCGCCUCUGGAGAUCGACGGGGUCGGCAACGACGGAGAGGGCGUGGACUGCGGCGGAAACAAGCCGGAAGGCGGCAGCUGCGGCGAAAGCGCUCUGGACCCGCGUGCCCAGCGCACGCAGGCCUCACGCGCCGUCGCGUCUCGCCUGAAGCGCGCCGAUGACGAGCCCUGGGCGGCCACGGAGCUCGCAGCCGAGGCACCGUCAGAGGCCUACGGAGAACGCGACUGGAGGGCCGAGCGCGCGGGCUUUCCACGAAGCGCCGAGCGUGGAUUUCGAGCUCGCCGAGAGGCAGAGGAGGGAGGGCGAGGCGGCGAAAGCUCCGGCGAGCAGACGGAGGCAGUCGAGUCCGGCGGUCUGUGGCUGCCCUCGGCUGAAGCGGCGCGCGAAAUGCUUCUGAGAGAAGUGGAGGCCCAACAGGCUGUGCACGCUGCCGAGAGGCGUGAAUCCAAGAAACGCGUUGCGCUCUCAGAGUGUCAGGACGCCAUCCAAGAUCUGCGCGAGCAAAUCGUGCAAAAACUGGACAGACAUCGGGCGUUCCUGGCAGAUGGGGAACACCUCCUGGGCGAGCGAAACUUCUACUUCGAGAAGCUCUGCUGCAUUCAGAGAAAAAUCGAGGAGGGCUACGCGGACUCCGAGGUGGGAAGGCGCGUCCUGGAGAUCAUCAACGCGCGACCGACGGACUUCUAG